CGCUCAACACGCCGCACUCGGGCGUCAAGCAUACACUCGUGCAAGAAGCCAGUCGCACAGCUCUGCCUUCCGUCCGCCCAGCUGCUUCUGCACUGUCGUCUUUGGCAAGACUGCCCACAAGCGUAGAGCUCGACCGACCGACCCACUAGGCAUCAUGCCAGCGCAGAGACGCGUCUUUGCCGUCGCCGGCAAGAACGCAUCAUUGGCGCAGCCAGCCAGCGUUGCCGCCUCGGCCUCGUCAGGGUCCGCAUCAGUCGCAUCUCCGUUCGCGCCCCUGUCGCCCGUCUAUUCUUCCUAUAGCAGCAGCAGCAGCAGCGUCUGGCCGUCGUCAUCAUCAUUAUCAGCAGCAACAGGAUCGCUACCAUCGCCCUCGCCAUAUGCCUCUUGGUCACCGUCAUCGCCUUUAUCAGCCGCUGCGCACGCCGGCUCAUCGAGAAGCAGCAGCAGCUACUGCAACAGUAGCAACAAGAACGCAGGCUCCAGCCUCGGACUCAACCUCUCUUCCGGUUUAGGCCUCAGCGGGAGCUACACGCGUACGCUCUCCGCACGUAGCACCUCGGUGCACCCACAGUCCCUUUUGAGCUCCUCGCCUGUUUUCUACUCGACGAGGUCAUAUGCUUCAUCUUUGUCCUCGUCAGCAGUAGCGGCGGCGGCGGCAGUAGGCCGGGACCAAUUGCCGCACACAGCCCAUGCACCCUCACAGCAGUAUGCAUCGGGGCUAAGUGACGCGCAACGUUUCCCCGCCGCCGUCGCUGGCAGCCGAGGGCGGUCGCUGCAUACAGCCAGCUUUGCACUGGCGCAUCUGGCCACAGCGCUGCCCAAAUCGCCCUUUCUAUCGCACUCGCGUCUACCCACAUCGCCCUUCUCCACACAUCUCUCCUCCUUCCCCUCCUCGCCCCUACUGCCAUCAUCUUCUCUCUUGCAGCAGCAACAGGCAGCGACUCUGUGCACCAGCGUCAGCGUAAACUCGCAGCGCAAGGCGCGGCGCUACUCGCCUAUCGCCUCCUCACCCCGCGUGCGACUCGGCAGCUUCCCUGCCUCGGCGCCUGCUUCGCCCACGCCGAGCGUUGCGUCCUCGCCUGCCCUUCCCGCCCGCCGAGUGCUGCACACUUGCCUCCCGUCUUCAUCCUCGUCGUCUACCUCUGCCGCGAAGGAGGCGCCACAGCAACAGGACGACAAGCGCAAGCCUAGCACGGCCGACGACCCGUAUCCUCUGCCCUUCUCACCCGAGUUGGACCCGGCGGCGCGCGAGCACGUCAACCUGUCGACGGACAACCAGCGCGAAGCGCCGCUCGACGCGGGCGCGUACCCGCUGCGGGUGCCCGGACGCGAUGGGCGCGAGACGCGCACGACAAAGGUCGCGCGCCUGAUCUACCAGACGCGCAAGCGCGGCACGCUCGAGACGGACCUCAUCCUCAGCACAUGGGCCGAUAAGGCGCUGCAGCAGCUCGACGAUGUCGAGCUGGACGAGUUUGAUCGCCUCCUCGACGAACCAGAUUGGGACAUCUUCUACUGGUGCACGGCACGCAAGGCGCCGCCGCCACGCUGGCACGACUCGUUCCACACGCCCGGACGCCUCGGCCACCGCCUCCGCGUGCAUACUAAGAACGAGGAAAAGCAGGGGCGCAGGAUGCCGAAACUAAAGUGACCGCUGCUGCCAUAACAUCUUUCCGGCUUCGUGGAUCUGGCUCUAGAUCUGCUGCCACCUGCGUGCCCCCACUCCGCUCAACUUUGGUUCGUUCCCUUGCUCCCUCCUCCCCUCGCCUGUCUGUAGUGUCAGUAUCGCUCGUCAGCUCCACCGGCGUACAUGCGCACGAUUAGCCUAAUCUACCUUUACCUCUACCUCU